AUGAAGAACUGUUCACCUAUAGCAGCACCCAUCAUUAAAGGUGACAAGUUCUCAUUGAAUCAAUGUCCACAAAAUGCAUUGGAAAAAGAACAAAUGGAAGGCAUUCCCUAUGCUUCAGUUGUUGGGAGUCUUAUGUAUGCACAGGUCUACACUAGACUUCAUAUUGCCUUUGCAGUAGGAAUGUUUGGCAAUGUUUGGCAGAUAUCAAAGUCAUUGGAUAUUCAGACUCUAAUUUGGGUGGAUGCAAAGACACUGGUAAAUCUACUUACUUCUGGAUACAUUUUCCUUCUUGCUGGAGGUGCUGUAUCCUGGAGGAGAGUUAAACAAACCAUUGUUGCAACAUCCCCAAUGGAAGCUGAAUUUAUGGCAUGCUAUGAAGCUACAUCACAGGCGUUAUGA